UCGAACAACGCUCAGCAAAUCGAGUGGACUCCUGUUGGAAGCGGUUUCACCUACAUGGCUAAACCAGAUGACGUUGGGAGCCACCUGAAGGUUGUCUGCGUUCCCAGGAAUGCCAUCAAAGCGGGCCCAUCGACGGAAGUUAUUUCCUCUUGCGAAGUGCAAGCCGGUCCCGGCCAAUGCCCGUUCGACAUCCGACAUCUGUUUACGCAAAAGAAACUUACGAACGACUACCAAUUCCGGGUUGUUACAUACAACAUUCUGGCGGAUCUAUACGCGGACAGUGACUACAGCCGGACAGAGCUGUUCGGGUACUGUCCGAACUACGCGCUGCAUAUCGACUACCGGAAGCAGCUGUUCAUUAAGGAAAUGUUGGGCUACAACGCGGACAUCAUCUGCCUGCAGGAGGUGGAUAGUAAGAUAUUCGAUUUGGAUUUGUCGGCCGUGCUGCGCAUGAAGCACCUCGACGGACACUUCAAGGCGAAGGGAAAGACAGCGGAAGGGUUGGCAACGUUCUAUGAUAUCAAGCGAUUUGAGGAAUUGGACCGCCAAGGAAUCACAUUCGGCGAGAACUUGGAAACGGCUCCAGCAUUCCAAGACCUUUGGAACCAGAUAAAGUCGAACGAGAAGCUAGCCUCUCGCAUCAAAGAUAGAUCCACGGCAAUCCAGGCGACCCUGCUGCGGUCCCGGUCGGUGCCUGAGAAACAUCUGCUGGUGGCCAAUACCCAUUUCUACUUCCAUCCGGACGCAGACCACAUACGGCUCUUGCAGGGCGGUUUCUCAAUGUUGUACAUCCGGGACCUGUACGAAAAAUACGAACGAGAGUUGGGGCUGGAGAGGAAAAAUUUCGCCAUCGUAUUUUGCGGAGAUUUCAACAGCGUUCCCGAGUGUGGAAUGUACCGUUUGAUGACGGAACGGUUCGUCGGCGAUGAGAUGGCCGACUGGCAGAGCAACGAGGAGGAAGCAGUCCGGGGAGUUACACUCUCGCAACCGUUCUGGUUCAAGUCGGCCUGCGGCUGUCCGAAGUAUACCAACUACACCGUCGGGUUCAAAGCUUGCAUCGACUUCAUCUACUACCAGAGCGAUACGUUGCGGGUGAACGACAUUGUGCCGCUUCCCAGUGAGGAGGAAUUGAUGGCUUAUGAUGCCAUCCCAUCGCCGGUACUUCCAUCGGACCAUAUUGCCCUGGUGGCCAGUCUCGAGUGGAAUGGCAAAUCGUGAUAAAUAAUAAUGUCUUUAUUUACAAUGUCAUAUAAACAGUUUGUAUCAUAGAAACAAUAAAGGUUACGAUGUACAUUUUAAAUUUA